AGUGAGAGUCCAGUCCAUAGUGGAUCUAACAUAAUAGUGUGAGAGUCCAGUCCAUAGUGGAUCUAACAUAAUAGACAUACUAUGCUGUAUAUAACUAAUAUAACAUAAUAAUCAUGAAAGUCGAGUAUAACCUCCACAGUUUUUAUAAUCUCAUAAUUUACAUUGAGAUAAGUGUAUAAAAUCAAUGUUGUUCACCUUGCUAAAUUGAAGGUGUGUGGGUGUGCACAAGAAGACCUUCGUCAAAGAAACAUUUCAUUCGAGCACCACAGAAAAUGACUUGUUGUCUCUGAACACAUCAGGUUUUUAGCAACCUUGUUGUCUUCCCUCACAAGACCGGCUGAAACAUGAGGAGACGCAGCGGCUGUGUGUCGCAUUUCACAUUAAGUCCGCGCAUUGCUUGUUACCGACGGCAACCAUUGUCACAGGUCAGACUUCUUGCUGUUCUGUGCCCCUCCUCCUGUGUCGCUUGCUUCUGCAGAUCCUCUGGUUGCCACAACAUGCCAUGCUGCUGCCAGGCAACACUGCGCUAUAAAGCAACACACUGCCUCGGGGCUCGCAGCAGCAUUUCCAAGCACUUAUCUCAGGUAACCAAGAGAACUACCAUCUUCAAGAGUUAUGCGUGAAUGCAUCUCCAUCCACGUCGGCCAGGCAGGAGCCCAGAUCGGCAAUGCAUGCUGGGAACUGUACUGUCUUGAGCACGGCAUCCAGCCAGAUGGUCAGAUGCCAAGUGACAAGACCAUCGGAGGUGGCGAUGACUCCUUCAACACCUUCUUCAGUGAGACUGGAGCUGGCAAACAUGUCCCCAGAGCAGUCUUUGUGGACCUUGAGCCCACGGUCAUUGAUGAAGUGCGUACUGGAACCUAUCGCCAGCUCUUCCAUCCUGAGCAGCUGAUCACAGGAAAAGAGGAUGCUGCCAACAACUACGCCCGUGGUCACUACACCAUUGGCAAGGAAAUCAUUGACCUGGUUCUGGACCGGGUUCGCAAACUGGCUGACCAGUGCACUGGCCUCCAAGGUUUUCUUAUCUUCCACUCCUUUGGAGGGGGAACCGGUUCUGGUUUCACCUCUCUGCUGAUGGAGCGUCUCUCGGUGGAUUAUGGCAAGAAGUCCAAGCUGGAGUUUGCCAUCUAUCCGGCUCCUCAGGUGUCUACUGCUGUGGUGGAGCCGUACAACUCCAUCCUGACCACGCACACCACCCUUGAGCACUCUGACUGUGCCUUCAUGGUGGACAACGAAGCCAUUUAUGACAUAUGCAGGAGAAACCUGGACAUCGAGCGUCCCACCUACACCAACCUUAACAGGCUUAUUGGUCAAAUUGUCUCUUCAAUCACGGCCUCGCUUCGCUUUGAUGGCGCUUUGAAUGUGGAUUUGACAGAGUUCCAGACCAACCUGGUGCCCUACCCACGCAUCCACUUUCCUCUGGCGACCUACGCCCCCGUCAUCUCAGCAGAGAAAGCGUACCACGAGCAGCUGUCUGUGCCUGAGAUCACUAACGCUUGCUUCGAGCCAGCCAAUCAGAUGGUAAAAUGCGACCCUCGCCACGGCAAGUACAUGGCGUGCUGCCUGCUGUACCGCGGGGACGUGGUGCCGAAAGACGUCAACUCUGCCAUCGCCACCAUUAAAACCAAGCGUACCAUCCAAUUUGUGGACUGGUGUCCCACUGGCUUCAAGGUGGGAAUAAACUACCAGCCCCCCACUGUGGUCCCUGGAGGAGAUUUGGCCAAAGUCCAGCGGGCUGUGUGCAUGCUGAGCAACACCACCGCCAUCGCUGAGGCAUGGGCCCGACUGGACCACAAGUUUGACCUGAUGUACGCCAAGAGGGCCUUCGUGCACUGGUACGUCGGCGAAGGAAUGGAGGAGGGAGAGUUCUCUGAGGCCAGAGAAGACAUGGCCGCCCUGGAGAAGGACUACGAGGAGGUGGGCACGGACACCGUUGGAGACGAUGGAGAGGAAGAAGGGGAGGAGUAUUAACUGAAGUACUACCUUCCAAAAGCAACGCUGAAUCAUUAGUUGGCAUUCUCUGCCUUGUAGUGCGAUGAAGAUGUUUUGUUUUAAUCAUGUUUUUCACUCUCUGGUAUUCGACACCAUCAACAGCCCUGAGACUGUUGCAAAAUGCAAUGUCAUGUUUGUUCUUUCCGCUUGUAAGACUGCAAAACAACACGCUCAGUACUCAACGCAAAGUGGACCAACAAGCCGAAUGCUUUGCAAAAUCUCGCCUGGACUCUGUUUGCUUUUACUCUCCUGAUAUUAACAAGAUGUGCACGUGUUGCUUUUGCAAUAAAGUAUCUCAAACUCAAA